AUGGGGAACACGCUGAGCUGUUGCGUGUGCCCCAUUGCCAGCCCCAAGUUGGGCUGGUGCAAGAAGUCGGUGGAGCUGGACGAUGAGUCUGAGGUCUACGAGGCGGCGGCCGGGGCCGCGGAGGCUAUAGUGCUAGUGCCAGCUGCCAUGGAACCUGCCGAGUUGGACUUGGGAGCAGGCGAAGGCCACCACCUGCAGCACAGCAGCGACUGGGAGAUGCGCGAAGAUGUCGCUUUGGAAUCAAACCCUUCUGACCACCCAAGGGCAAGCACACUUUUCUGGAGCAAAUCUCAAAUGGAUGUGCGAGAGAAGAGGAAGAGCAACCAUUUAAACCAUGUAUCGCCAGGGCAGCUUACUAAAAAGUAUAGCUCAUCCUCAACAAUAUAUCUAGAUGACAGCACAGUCAGCCAGCCUAAUCUUAGAACCACAAUAAAAUGUGUGACCUUAGCAAUCUAUUAUCACAUAAAGAACAGAGAUGGAAAUAGAUCCCUGGAUAUUUUUGAUGAGUGCUCACAUCCACUCACACAAGAAAAGCUUCCAGAGGAAUACUUUAAGCAUGAUCCUGAACAUAAAUUCAUUUACAGAUUUGUUUGCACUGUGUUUAGUGCUGCACAACUAACUGCUGAGUGUGCAGUAGUAACUUUGGUAUACUUAGAAAGACUUUUAACUUAUGCUGAGAUCGACCUUUGCCCUAAUAACUGGAAAAGAAUUGUUCUGGGAGCCAUUUUUCUUGCCUCCAGCGUUUGGGAUCAUCCGGCUAUAUGGAAUGUGGACGACUGCCAGGUCUUCAAGGACAUUACCGUUGAGGACAUGGAUGAGAUGGAAAGGCACCUUCUGGAGCGACUUCAGUUUAAUAUUAAUGUUCUUGCCAGUGUUUAUGCCAAGUACUACUUUGACCUUUGCUGCUUAGCAGAUGACAACAACCUGAGCUUUCUGUUCACUUCUUGCGUCAAAGAGCGGGCGCAGAGCCUAGAGGCCAUUUCCAGAUUGUGUGACGACAAAUACAAAGACGUGUGCAGUGCUGCUGUAAGAAGGUCCCUCAGUGCUGAUCAUUUAAUCGGUAUUCAGCACUCCAACACCAUCCUCUCUUAAGGAAGAAGUGAGGGGUUGUAACAUCAGAAACCCCUCGCAACAAGGACUGGAGAAAUAUCACCUCUCCUGUUCAGAAACCUGCAAAGUUAGUAUUUUCACCUAAAAGAAAGACAUUGAAUUCAAGAGACUCAUGGACAGUGAGGAUUAUGCUCAUAGGAAAGAACGGGACCUUGUCAAUGCAACACACUCUUCUGUCCUUUUUGAUGUAAACAGAGUUACAAAAACCACUCCAAAGCUUAAAGCUCCCAACCCACACACAGUUGUUGGCUUACUCUGUGGGCCAAUAGCUGUGAACUAUGUGACGUUUUUUAAUUACCAGUUUAAAUUUUUAGACUUUAAAGACACUAACUAUAUAACAUUGACAUUUUCCCUGCUUUUCUUGCCCCACUCCCCCAUAUUGCUGCAUAUUCCUUUAGAAUCAAUGCAGUAUUACCAUUAAAACAUGGGACUCCUAACAACUCAUAAAGCCACUUAGGAACAGACUGUUGCAGCGUUGUUCGGUUUGAAGGAUUCUUCCUCCCUACUACAUCAUUGAAGCUGCUCGUCAUUAUUGGCAAUCGAUUUAAACCAAAAAGCUGCUGAAUAACACUUGUCAUUCAAAUUCUUUGCAAGCACUACUUAUGAGCAUUAUUAGCGUGUUUGGCAUCAUAAGCAGAGAAAGUAUGUUAUUAUCUACUCCUGUUGGGUCUGUGCUGCAUUUCUUUUUGACUCUAAUGGUGCUUCUCAUUUUCUGAUGGUUUUCCUCUUUGUUAAAUACUUGUAUUAAAGGAUAUUUUCCUAAUUCCAGCCAACAUGGCAGUCCAGUAACUAGCAAGCAGGUAAUAAAAUAGAAAGGUGUCCCAAAAGUCUUAGUGCAAUUUUAAGCUUUACUAUAAGUGUGCUUGACACUGCAGGACACUGUUGCAGAAGCAUAAAUGCUACAGACUGGCAAAACAUCAUUUGAAAGUUUACUUGA